AUGCAUCUACCCAAGUGCCUUACUCGUGCUUCGGUGCUUGACAAAGUGGCUCCGCUUGUAGUACAUCGUCAGCCAACGUACAAGCGAGCAGUAAUUCUGUACGGUGAUAAAACUGGAUGGACAGGGUAUGUGGCAGCAGCGACGUUAUUUGGGGUAGCGAUCUACAUGAAGCUAGACGCAUCCAGCAGCAACGUCGAGUUCAAAUCGAGUGAUGACCACUGGUGGAUGAACCCAAAUAUCGAAAAGCGAGGACAGUAUGCACUUUCAAAGGAGCUUGGUCGAGGAGGUUUCUCAAUCGUGCGUCUGGCCAUUGACACGAAGACCAAACAGACGUUAGCUGCAAAAAUCUUUGAUUCUAAGAGCUCAUCAAUGGAAUCGAUUCAAGCCGAGAUUAAUAUUUUGCGUCAUCUCGGCACGCACCCGAACAUUGUGUCGUUGCGGGAUGUUUUAUAUCUCGAGAAUGAAACAAUUAUGUUAACGGAUUUGGUUGAAGGAGGAGAGCUCUUCGACUUUAUCGUCAAUAUGGGCUCCGUUUCUGAGCAAGAUGCCGCACACUUGCUGCAUGAUGUUUGUCUGGCAUUAGACUAUGUGCACUCCCGCGGUGUUUGUCAUUGUGAUCUCAAGCCCGAGAAUGUAUUGCUGUCAGAUCAAUCUACCAAGGCCAAUGUGAAAAUUGCGGACUUUGGGUCGAGCAGACGACAACAAAAGGGAGAGAAGAUUGUUGAUCACUUUCCGAAUGGCACAGUCGCGUAUUGGGCCCCCGAAAUUGUUUCGCUUCAGCCUCAGGACUUCAGUGUCGACAUGUGGGCCUUUGGUGUUCUCGCUUACAUCACACUUACUGGAGUCCAUCCGUUCGACCCACGGGGAGACAAGUCAGACGCUGAAAUUGUUAAGGAGAUAGCUCAUGGAAACUACGAUGUGGAAAACAAAUGGUAUACAAGUCUCACUGCAGGAGCGAAGGAUUUCUUAACUACUACAUACCGACCCAAUCAGGCGCGCUUGCAACAACUUCGUGCCAAUAUAUUGGCGGUCGUCAUGGGCGUGAAUCAUGCAAAGCUUGGUAUAACGGAUGAUAGUGACGAGAAGCAUCUGACUUCCUGCGGUAAUGCGACCGUGAAUAAAGAUACCUUUAAAGAAACAUUUGCUCUUUUUGACAAAGAUGAGUCUGGCUGCAUUGACCGGGAUGAGCUGAAGGGCAUGUUGCAAGCACUGGGACAGCAGCUUUCAAGCUCCGAGAUUGAUAGCAUCAUGCGCCAAGCAGAUACUGACGGUGACGGAAGAAUUCAAUUUACUGAGUUUGUGAGCAUGAUGAACCAGCGGUUACUUCGUCGCGGGGAGUUGUCCAAUGGAGAUCUCAAAACAGCCUUCAAUAUUUUCGAUGUAAAUCACGACGGACAUAUAACCAGCAGCGAACUCAAACACAUUCUUCAUAUACUUGGGAACAAACACAUGAGCAUUGAAGAAGUUUACAAGAUCAUCCAAGCAGCCGACAGUAACGAUGACGGAAAAAUUGACUUUGAUGAGUUUUGCGCCUUGAUGCAACAUCAGAAAUAA